CGGCGGCGGCGACGGGUUCUCAGUCCAACGAGAGCAGCAGCGAUUUUCUAUUUUGUACAUACGCUAUUUUGUAUAUACUGUACAUGAUGACUUCAGUGAGCAAUGACCGUUGCCGAGGUGCUCGGGAAAAAACACAGAUUUCAACAACACAGGCGACACAACCACAGAAACAAGUGGUACAGGCAACAGCUGAACAAAUGCGUCUCGCUCAAAUGAUCUUUGAUAAGAAUGAUUCAGAUUUUGAAGCUAAAGUUAAACAGCUUAUGGAAGUGACUGGGAAAAAUCCGGAUGAAUGCAUAGUGGCCCUACAUGAUUGUAAUGGAGACGUGAACAAGGCUAUUAAUAUAUUGCUGGAAGGUAAUUCAGAUACGACUUCAUGGGAGACUGUAGGGGGUAAGAAAAAGAAUUUUGGUAAGGAAAGUUCAGAAAACAGAGAGAAGAAAAUUGAAAGAGAUGCAAGUCGUGGACGGGUAAACAACAUACGAAAAGGAAGAGGUGGCAAUCGUGGCAGAGAGUACUUUAGAGGUGAAGAGAAUGGGAUUGAUUCUAAUCAAGGGGACAAACCUUCAGACCGUGGCAAAAGAGCCCGUAAUAAAGGAUUUGGACGUGGCAGAGGGAGAGGAAUGGGAAGAUUCUCAGCCCAAAGCAUGGGGACAUUUAAUCCUGCAGACUAUUCAGAUUCUACAUCUACAGAUGGGUGUGGGACAAAACUAGUAGUUUGGGAAGCUACUCAGAAUGGUGCAGAAGAGGGACCUGAUGCCUGGAAGAAUUCUGUGGAGGAGUGGCCAACAGAGGACUGGAAUGAAGAUCUUUCUGAAACAAAGGUUUUCACUGCCUCAUCUGUUCCAGCAGAGAAUCAUGUCACACCUACACAAAGCAUUGAUCUAGUAUCCUUGCUCCAGAAGCCUGUCCCUCCCAGUCAAGCCUCAGAUGUCAACUCCUUUGAAACCUCCCAACAGCAGGGCUUUGGCCAAGCUCUUAUCUUCACAAAUUCUCAACACAACAAUCAGAUGGCACCAGGAACUGGUAGCUCCACUGCUGCCAAUUCCUAUUCUCCUCACAGUCUGUCAUCUGUCCUUGGCUCAGGAUUUGGAGAGCUUGCUCCAUCAAAAAUGGCAAAUAUCACAAAUUCCCAGAUUUUGGACCAUUUAAAAGCUCCAAGUUUGGGACAAUUUGCCACCACUCUGAAUUCACAGCAGAAUAAUACGAGUCCCCCCAAAACUACUACUUCAUGGGACCUCAAGCCCUCGGCAUCCCAGGCCUCUGUUCUCAGUCAUUUUGAUUUCAAAUCUCAGCCUGAGCCAUCCCCAGUUCUUAGUCAGAUGAACCAGCGACAACAGCACCAGACCCAGGCAGUUAGCAUUUCUACUCCUGGUUUGGAGUCCUUUGCUUCCCAGUCAAAACACCGAGAAUCAGCACCUGGGGACAGUAUCUCUGCUAUGAACAAACUUUUGCAGCUCCCUAACAUGGCUGUUGAAAAUAUUGCUGUAUCUGCCCACCAACCACAGCUCAAACACAUUAAACUCCCUAAGCGACGGAUGCCUCCAGCUUCUAAGAAUCCAGCUACUGCAGUGGAGAUGCCUGGUUCAGCAGAUGUCACAGGACUAAAUGUUCAGUUCGGAGCCCUGGAAUUUGGAUCAGAACCUUCUCUCUGUGAAUUUGGAUCAGCUCCAUGCUGUGAAAAUAGUAAUCAGAUUCCCAUCAGCUUGUAUUCCAAGUCUUUAAGUGAUCCUUUGAAUACCUCUUUACCUAUGACCAGUGCUGUACAGAACUCCACGUAUACAACUUCAGUCAUUACCUCCUCCAGUCUGACCAGCUCAUCCCUCAGCUCCACUAGUCCAGUAACAACAUCUUCCUCCUAUGACCAGAGUUCUGUGCACAAUAGGAUUGUGUAUCAAAGCUCUGUGAGUCCAUCAGAGUCAGCACCAGGAACCGUUAUAAAUGGGCAUGGCGGUGGUCGAAAUCAGCAGACAGCAGACACUACUUCAUCUGUUCCAGCUCCAAAGACAACAGACCCUCCUUCUGCCCUCCCAUCUGUGAGCUCCCUGCCCAGCACCACCUCCUGCACUGAGCUUCUGCCCUCCGCAUCCCAGCACACUGCCACUUUGCCCUCCUUGUCCCAGCCUGGUGACCUGUCCAGCAGCCCCCUCUCUCAGCUUAGCAGUUCACUCUCCAGUCACCAGAGCAGCCUCUCCUCUGCGCAGGCAGCACUGUCCUCGAGCACACCACACACACACAACAGCAUGGAGAGUGCCCCUUCCCUGCAGUCCUCAGCUGCUUUCUCCCCAGCAGCGACCUCCACCUCAAGCACCCCACCCUCAGGUGUCAGCCUGCCUGGCAGCAUAAGCACAGCGAGCAGCCUCAGCCUGGGAGGGACCACUGUGAACACAGUCAGCAGCAAUACGAGAGCUGCACCGUUGGUGACCUCAGGCAAACCACCCCCAAACCUCCCUCAGGGGGUGCCUCCAUUGCUGCACAACCAGUACCUCAUGGGCCCUGGAGGACUGCUACCUGCCUACCCGGUGAGCGCACGGUGGAACUCCUGGCCAGCCCCAGCUCCCCUGGCCUCAGGGGCUGGAACCUGGCAGGACCUGAUCUACGGGUAUGAUGAGCUCCAGAUGCUUCAGUCACGGCUGCCUAUGGAUUACUAUGGAAUUCCCUUUGCUGCACCCACAGCCCUUGCCAGCCGAGAUGGGAGCCUAACUAAUAAUCCAUAUUCAGGUGAUGUCACAAAGUUUGGCCGAGGUGACUCUGCAUCCCCUGCACCCCCCACCACGCUAGCUCAGCCACAGCAGAGCCAAUCCCAGACCCACCACACAGCCCAGCAGCCCUUUUUGAAUCCCGCUCUUCCACCUGGCUACAGCUACACCAGCCUCCCCUACUACACAGGCGUGCCCAGUGCCUUCCAAUAUGGGCCCACCAUGUUCGUCCCUCCAGCAUCAGCCAAGCAACAUGGUGUGAACCUCAGCACCCCCACCACUCCUUUCCAACAGGCCAGUGGUUAUGGCCAGCACAGCUACAGCACAGGUUAUGAUGACCUGACCCAGGGAACAGCAGCAGGAGACUACACCAAGGGUGGCUAUGGUGGAUCAUCACAGGCACCAAACAAGUCUACAGGUUCUGGGCCUGGGAAAGGAGUAUCAGUAUCUUCAAGUACCACUGGCCUGCCUGAUAUGACUGGUUCUGUCUACAAAACACAGACUUUUGACAAGCAGGGAUUUCAUGCAGGGACCCCUCCACCUUUCAGCCUGCCCUCGGCCUUGGGUUCAACUGGACCCCUGGCCCCUGGAGCAGCCCCUGGCUAUGCUCCGCCACCAUUCUUGCACAUCCUGCCAGCCCACCAGCAGCCACACUCGCAGCUGCUGCACCACCACCUUCCCCAGGACACUCAGAGUGGUUCAGGUCAACGCAGCCAGCCCAGCUCCCUGCAGCCCAAGUCUCAAGCCUCCAAACCCACCUAUGGCAACUCUCCAUACUGGACAAACUAGACCUUUAAGAGAGGGGUGGGCUUUGGGGUAGGGCUUACCCUGGACAGGAGAGAACACUUGGAGCACGUUUCUGGGAGCCUGGUGCCCUUCCCUAGAAUUUCUGAGACAUGUAACUGUCAGCCGAGCCUCUCAGUGGGGAGCUCCCAGACUCACUAUAUUGUAUGUAGUGUAUUUAUGUAUGUAUUUGUAAAUGUAUGAGAAGCCCCAGGGGAGUGGGGGUAUAGCUGCAGAUGGCAGCCAAUUCUGCUCUCCCCAUCCAGACCCCUUUUCACUAUAGCCAUGUAAGGCCCCUGCACCUCUGAUGCCUUCAGGCCUUCCACGGGUGCCCUACUCCAUGGGCUGCUAAGGGCUGCCACUGGAAGGGGUGGUUCGAGGCACAUUGUGCAAUGGUCACAUACCAAUGAAGAAUCACGACUUAUUUCAGUCCCUUGUAACCAUUAUUUGAAUUUUCUUCAGCUUGCAAUUACUUUAUACUGUUUUUGAGAGAUUGGUCCUUUUGUCAUUUGUCAUGCUCCCAUUCCAGGGUAUCUUGAUCUGAGAAUAGCAAAGAUCAUCAUCUACUGCCCAACAUAAAUCUGGGCCCUGUCUUCACAUAGAGCAGGGGUUUCUUCUGGUCUGUUCCAGUCCCUAGAAACUUGCUGCCUUCUGGCUGACCACUUAAAAAAAACAAAAUCUGGUCUCAGAGAGAUGUUCAGCCCAUCAGCUCCCCUUUAAAAAUCAAAAGAUCUGCUUCCACUUCAGUGAAAGCCCGUCUCCAAGCAAAGACUCCUCUAUUCCAGUUGUCCUAAAACAGGUGGGCAACGUUGUCAGGGGUUUUCUCUUGCCCAAUCUCCACCUAAUAAAGUUAUGAGAGCAUG